CCCCGCGCUGCGCAGCGCCUUCAUCUUCACGCUGACCCCCAUUCUCCUUCUCCCCCCGCAACUUCCCAGCCGCCUCGCCUCCCCCCCCAAAAAAAUCCCAACCUCCCUCGCCGCCGCCGCCGCCUCGCUCCACCCUCCCCACCUCCGCCGUCACCGCCGACUUCCCCUCUCCCCGCCGCAUCGCCUCGUCGACCGUCGAGAUCUGCCGCGCCUCUCCCUGCGCCCGCCUGCCGUACACCGUCGAGCGCCACCACGCCGUCCGCCGUCCAGCGCCGCGUCGCCCCUUCUCCCGCGUCAGCCUCCUCUCCGCUUGCGUCGGAAACUCCGUCCUCACCGCCGACUCCCUCCUCGUCCUCUCCGCCGGGAACCUCCUCUGCUACCUCAACCGCCGCCAGGAGCUCCAGCCUGCACGCGCCGAACUUCACCAACGCGUCUGCUACCUCAGCCGCCAGGAGCCCGGCUCCUGAGCUCCACCGCCGUCUCAGCAGGCACCGAGAAGAGGCCAUGUUCGAUCUGAUGCCUCCGUCGGGCUGGAUCUGAAGGAUACGCCCAACUAUCCUUGUAGCGCUUGCUACUCCGCAACAGAAGAUUUAGCGGUUUAUCCGAACCCGUUGGAUCUAGAGCUUGCUUGUCUCCUCUACUGCUAACUCAUUUUGACGAAGUUCAUCCCGAUCUGCAGUUCAUUAGGGUUUAUUUACAUGCUGACGGCUUCGCUGUUUUUCAGGAUAUAGAUGGACCAGGAGUUCAAGGAGUCAAAGCCCUCCGGCGAGCCAAACCUGUUCCUGCAAUGGGGCAGCCGGAAGCGGCUUCGCUGCGUCAAAUCCCGCGAAGACGGCUCGCCGUCGCCAGCCCGGUCGGAUGCGCUCAGGCGCACCAUACCCCGGGUGAAUCGGCCCCUUCUGGGAGGCGAUGUCGCACAGUUUCGGUCACCACGCCGCCCGAGCACUCUCCACCGAAGGAAGUCCGAGGCACAGGCGAGUGAGGCCAGGCAGUCGAUGUCCCUCUCACCGGAGAAGGACAGGUACUACUCCACCAGGGGCUCCCCAUUUCCCUUUGAGGGGAAUGGGUUUGAUUUCAGCGGUGGAGUGGAAGAGAAGGGCACCGCUGCCCUGCCGAGGUUCUUCAUCUCGUUGUCGAACAAGGAGAAAGAGGAGGACUUCAUGGCAAUGAAGGGCUGCAAGCUCCCUCAGAGGCCGAAGAAGAGGCCCAAGCUGAUGCAGAAGUGCUUGCUUACGGUGUGCCCGGGAGCGUGGCUGUCAGAUUUGUCGCACGAGAGGUAUGAAGUUAGAGAGAAGAAGAGCUCCAAAAAGAGGGCGAGAGGACUGAAGGCGCUGUGCAUGGAGAGCGAUUCGGAGUAGGAAGAGGAAGGAGGAUGGAUUCAUUUUUUGACUUGUGCUCGAGGCAGAGAAGCCGUACCUAGGUAGCAACGUUGGUUCAUCUUUUAACUAGGAAAUGCUCAGCAAGCAGCUAAUUUAGUGCCCGUUCCCGUUUCUCCUUAUUCAUCACCACCUGUUGAAUCUCCAUGAUCCUUUCGUCUAAUUGUCCAUUGUCCGUUCGAAUCGGAACUCUGAAGAGAUCGUUGUCUGGAAGCAUGAACAUUGAGCAAAAUAGGUAGUAAUAUAUUAGAUCACCAUCUCUGAUGUUGCGUGUGGAAAA